AUGGCCACGCACUCGGUCGCCGCCGCGCACGCCACCAUCGCCGCGCGCGCGGCGCCGAGCGCCGGGGCGUCGGCCCCGGCCGAGCGCCUCGGCUUCCGCCUCAGCUCGCUCGCCGGCCGCGGCCUGCGCUCCCCGCUCCCGGCCCGCCGCUCGCCGUCCGCGGCCGCCUCCCGCCGCCAGCGCGUCGUGCGCGCCGCCGCCGUCGAGACGCUCGAGGGGAAGGCCGCCACGGGCGAGCUGCUCGAGAAGUCGGUCAACACGAUCCGGUUCCUGGCCAUCGACGCCGUCGAGAAGGCCAACUCCGGCCACCCGGGCCUCCCCAUGGGCUGCGCGCCCAUGGGGCACAUCCUCUACGACGAGGUCAUGCGCUACAACCCCAAGAACCCCUACUGGUUCAACCGCGACCGCUUCGUCCUCUCCGCCGGCCACGGCUGCAUGCUCCAGUACGCCCUACUCCACCUCGCCGGAUACGACAGUGUUAAGGAGGAGGAUUUGAAGCAGUUCAGGCAAUGGGGAAGCAAGACACCGGGUCACCCUGAGAACUUUGAGACUCCAGGAGUUGAAGUUACCACUGGACCUCUUGGUCAGGGUAUCGCCAAUGCUGUUGGGUUGGCGCUUGCCGAGAAGCACCUGGCUGCCCGCUUCAACAAGCCUGACAGUGAGAUCGUCGACCACUACACGUACGCUAUUUUGGGAGAUGGUUGCCAAAUGGAGGGUAUUGCCAAUGAAGCUUGCUCCUUGGCUGGACACUGGGGUCUUGGCAAGCUGAUCGCUUUCUACGAUGAUAACCACAUUUCCAUCGAUGGAGAUACAGAGAUUGCAUUCACAGAGGACGUGAGCACCCGCUUUGAGGGUCUUGGGUGGCACACAAUCUGGGUUAAGAAUGGGAACAACGGUUAUGAUGACAUCCGUGCAGCCAUUAAGGAGGCGAAGGCAGUUACCGACAAGCCCACCUUAAUCAAGGUGACUACCACAAUUGGUUUUGGAUCUCCCAACAAGGCCAACUCAUACAGUGUGCAUGGAAGUGCAUUGGGUGCCAAAGAGGUUGAAGCAACCAGGCAGAACCUUGGAUGGCCCUAUGAGCCAUUCUUUGUACCAGAGGAUGUCAAGAGCCACUGGAGCCGCCACACACCCGAAGGUGCUGCACUUGAGGCUGAUUGGAAUGCUAAGUUUGCAGAGUACGAGAAGAAGUAUGCAGAUGAUGCAGCAACCUUGAAAAGUAUCAUCACAGGAGAGUUCCCCACUGGCUGGGCUGAUGCGCUUCCUAAAUACACUCCAGAGAGCCCAGGAGAUGCCACCAGGAACCUCUCCCAGCAGUGCUUGAAUGCACUUGCUAAUGUUGUGCCUGGCCUUAUUGGAGGUAGUGCUGAUCUUGCGUCCUCCAACAUGACUCUGCUUAAGAUGUUUGGUGACUUCCAGAAGGAUACGGCUGAAGAGCGCAAUGUCCGGUUUGGAGUCAGAGAGCACGGAAUGGGCGCCAUUUGCAAUGGCAUUGCUCUGCACAGUCCAGGGUUUGUUCCGUACUGUGCUACAUUCUUUGUCUUCACCGAUUACAUGAGAGGCGCCAUGAGGAUCUCAGCUCUGUCUGAAGCUGGAGUUAUCUAUGUUAUGACCCAUGACUCUAUUGGUCUUGGAGAAGAUGGCCCGACCCAUCAGCCCAUUGAGCACUUGGUGAGUUUCCGCGCAAUGCCAAACAUAUUGAUGCUCCGCCCUGCUGAUGGCAAUGAGACCGCCGGAGCAUACAAAGUUGCAGUUCUCAACAGGAAGAGGCCAUCUAUUCUCGCUCUGUCCAGGCAAAAGCUUCCUCACCUGCCUGGUACCUCAAUUGAGGGUGUCGAGAAGGGUGGAUAUACCAUCUCCGACAACUCAACUGGCAACAAGCCUGAUCUCAUCGUGUUGGGUACCGGCUCUGAACUGGAGAUUGCAGAAAAGGCCGCCGAUGAGUUGAGGAAGGAGGGCAAGACAGUCCGUGUCGUCUCGUUUGUUUCCUGGGAACUUUUUGAUGAGCAGUCAGAUGAAUACAAGGAGAGUGUCCUCCCUGCAGCCGUCACCGCAAGAAUCAGCAUUGAGGCCGGGUCUACUCUUGGCUGGCAGAAGUAUAUCGGAGCCCAGGGCAAGGCCAUUGGCAUCGACAAGUUCGGUGCGAGUGCUCCUGCCGGAACGAUCUACAAGGAGUAUGGCAUCACUGUGGAGAGCGUCAUCGCGGCGGCCAAGAGCUUUUAA